AGCGGCAGCUGAGGCUGGAGCUGGCCCUGCUCGACAACGUCACCGAGGAGCUGCGCCUGAAGGACUGGGAGCAUUCCGCGGCGCUCCGGAACGUCUCCGUGAUCCGCGGGCCGCCGGGACCCAAAGGAGACCGAGGCACGGAAGGGAUGGAGGGACCGCCUGGCCUUCCCGGCCUUCCCGGCCUUCCCGGCCUCCGAGGCCUUCCCGGGGAGCGGGGACCCCCCGGCCCGCAGGGAUUGAAGGGGGACCAGGGAGAGCUGGGCCCUCGCGGCCCCGCGGGAACGCGCGGAUUCAAAGGUGAGCGCGGCCCCAAGGGGGACAAGGGCGACCGAGGCGCUGCCGGCGGCACCGCUCCGGCCGAGGGCUCGGUGCGGCUGCAGAACGGCUCCGGCCCCCACGAGGGUCGCCUGGAGAUCUUCCACGAGCGCCGCUGGGGCUCGGUGUGCGACGACGGCUGGGACCG